GUUCACUUGCUGAAGAGUUCACAAUCGGCUUUCGCCAUUUGGCGCUUUCUGGCAACGCUGUGCAGCUUUAGCACGUGCUGUACUUGAGCAAAUUCUUGGAAUUAAUAAUUUUGUACUUUGUUGAUUAUCAAUAUCCAAAAUGAGCAGCAAAGACGAUACAAUCGAAGUUGUGGAGUCCACGCAAGUCGAUGAAGCUGAGAGCAUGGACACAUCUUGUAUCAGCGUCAGCGACUGCAGCAACAAGGAGAAUGAGGCACCAUUGGAGGAAAGUUCUAGUGACGAUUUUGUGUCGAGCUCCCGCAUUUCCCUGCUAGAGUCUGUUUGCAAUGGCAAGCAGUCGAAGCAGGAUAUUUGCGAAAGCUGGAUAAGGCUAUAUAGGCAUGCGCCAGUAGCGGCUCUAGUGAAGUUUAUACAGUUCGUCCUGGAGGCGAGUGGCAGUCAGUAUCAAAUGCCCAGCGGAAAAGAACUCCCCGUUAACUAUAGUGAGGUCCUCAUAGCGGCAACAGCCCGUUUUGGUAAUAAGAGGUUGUCCUAUCCGUUGGUCAUAAGAACUGGCAAGUGUUACGCUCGUAAUAUUGGCCAAUUUGUGCAGUGCUUGAUGGGCCUCUGUCAUAACGCUGGCCUCCUUUUCGAUGAUAUGCUUUCGAAGAAUAUAAUUGCCUUUCUCCUGGUCUGUGUGGACUCGAAGGUGCGAGCUUUUAGGCACACCUCCACGCUGAUUGCUCUCAAGAUGAUGACCACGCUGAGCGACAUAGUGAGCGUGGAGACGAAGCAGCUCAAGGAUAUGUGGUCGAAGCUCUUUGAGGGUGUCUUCUUGGAGCGCUCCAUCGAUGUGGUCGACGAGAUACGUUAUCUGUGCCUCUCCGAGUGUGGCUUGUGGCUGGAGAAGUAUCCGCAACGUUGUCUGAUUGCGGACUAUGUGAAGCAUCUGUUCCUUGCGCUGCAGGAUAACGCGGCGAAGGUGGUUGAAUGCUGCCUAAUGUCGCUCCUCAAGCUCAACAAGAAUCCGGAGCUGCGCGCUGCUUGCCUUGAGCUGGGCUUCACGUAUAGGAUUACCCUGCUGGGACUGACGAUGAGCGCGGAGAGCGAACUGGGACAGAUGGCCAUUGAGCUACUGGGGCUCUUCUAUAAGGCCAAUCCUUUGAUGCUCGACGAGUCCAUGCUGCAGGUGAUCGAGCAGCUGGUCUUUGCUGCCCAUCGGGGCGUGGCACAGGCAGCCGCGGAUGUGGUGCCCUAUCGCUAUAAGGAGACGACUUCAAGAGAGGAGGCUAUACUUAUUCUGGCUAGGUUCUUCAUUCGAUUCGAGGAGCAUGAACAUGCAGCCUACCUAGUUGACGCCUACUAUGGACGCAAUGAUGUUGUUCUAGAUUGGUCUAAAAUGGUCUCUAUGCUACUCCUGCCGGAGUCCUUGGAUCGCGCCGAGUGCUCGGCCAUCAUUGAGAUUCUCACGCGUUCCAUCAAGCAGGCCGUAACUGGGGAGAUUCCACCUGGCCGCUACGCGGAGGAGCUGGUGCGCGAAGCCCAGCCAAAUGCCAAGAAAAAAGCUACCGCAGUCCUGUUAAGCAAGUUGGCCAAGCUUUUAAAGCAGUACCGCGACUCGAAUCUGGAUCUGACGAAUCUGCUAGAGCUGCCGCAGUUUAUGUCGCUGCAGCAUAAACCGUUCGGCGAGCUGCUCGAGCACAUCAAGGACAUUAUGUUCGAGCAUCAGGAUAAUGCGGUGCUGCAAAUGGGCGCCAUGACCCUGAAGCAUUUGUACAGCCUAAAUGUGAGCCAUGGCAACCAUCGCAAGGAGCUGCUGAACAGUGCUGUGACCAACUACAUGAUCGCAACCACUGCCUGGGAUCUGUCCAUUGCGGGCAACUCCCGCGUGCCCAUGAAGGAGAAUGCCAAACGUCUGCUUGAUACGCUUCGGCUGCUGUCCACGCUCUACGCACGCUUCGACCUAAACGAAUGGCAGCUGACCGACAAUGCUCUGGUUAAGCUGCAGAACGCAGUGGACGACUGGGGCAACGGUAAACAAGAUAGCGAAUCUUGCUUGUCGGCCGAGUCCAUUUCCUUUUAUUUAACUACUAUAUACGUAUCUUUCUCCUGGGAUUUGAUGCGGCUGAAGGAGGCUGCCAAGGCAGGCAAGGAUGUGUCGGCAGAGUGUCGCAAUUUGCGUCGACGCUUGGACAACUUUCUAUCUGUUUGCUUUCAGCUGAUCGAGCAGGGCUCCCUGAUCCAAAUGGAAUGCGAUGGGUUCACCUACGCAUGCGACAUUUUUGUUCUGUUUUCGGACUCGCUGCGCCGAAGCAACUGCACCCCAAUCCGUUCUUUGGAGUGCAAAUCAAACAUCAACGAUUAUGAGCUGAUCGAAAGCUUCGUGCUCCGCUUUGUCUUUGAUGGCGGCGUCGCUGAGCUGCUGCCAGCGGAGGUGUUCUCACUCCUGCAGAGCAAGCGGCGCAUCCUGGCCAGCUACUGUAAGCUGGUCUUCAACAAUGUGAUGCCAGUAAUGCGCGCCUGCAUUGUGCUGCAGUACUACGACAGCUUCUAUCCGGUCUUUGGCGACAUUAUGCGCUCCACGCUGGAGCGCUGCCUGUCCGUGAAUCCCACGAACUUUGGCAUGACCCUCAUGCAUACCUGCCUAUUGGUCUACAAGCGCGUUCGUCUCGCCUUUCCCGAUCCUCAGCUGGCUGCUUCUUCCUCGGACUUUGCUGAUCUCCUAAAGCUGGCGAAUGUGCUGGCCGAGAUCUUUAAUACCAAGCAGCUGGAGGUGCGCUCCGGAGUGCUUGUGCUGCAUCGCGCUGGCAUUCGAUUUGCUGCGGAGGCCGUGUCCGCUGAAGCCACGCGUCCUCCGAAAGAUCUGCUCUUUUUGACUGUCAUACAGCAGUUUGUACCUCAGCUGCUCGCUCAGGAUAUGAUGGACGUGCUAAAAUCCUUGGAGCUUUUCGAUCAUGGGACUUUGCCUCAAAGCCAGACUAACGACUGGCUGCCACUGCUCACCUAUCGUAAUGCUCUGGAACUGGCUCUCAUGCAGAGCUGUCGGCGGGAUGAUCUAUAUAAUCUACCUAGUAAUGUGGUGGACUAAAUGGACUCCUUACAUGGCAUUGCGAAGGCUAUACCGAUAACAAUGUGCAGAUAAAAUAACAAAAACCCCUUUGAAGAUCUUUAAAAUGAUUGCAAAUUCUUUUUGAAUUGCUUUCCAUCGUUUCCUUUUCGUUACUUAGCCGCACACAUCGGAAUCGAAAUUUGAAUACUGAAUGAAAAGCGCAGUCAAAGCAGAAUUCGAUUUCGAAUUCGUAUUCAAUUUGUAUAGCGCGAUUGCCAUUUACAGCUUAAUGCACACAUACACAUGCAUGUGCGUGUGUGAGUUCGGCUGGGUUACAGGGUGGCCUGGCUGCAUUCAAGCAGCAGCCAAGCGAGGGCACAGCAGCAGCAGCUGCUGCCAAAUGUAUCGAAUUUCCAUUGCUCAACAAUUUUCAAUUUGGACAAAUUGACUCGCAGCUUGGCUUGGCGGGAUUCAGUGGCAGGGAGAGAACCCCGCUCAGCGCCUGUCAAAGGCUGUGCACGAGCCUAACACGGCCUUUGACACUCGCUAUAAGGUGUGCGUGUGUAAGUGUGUGUGGGUCAAAUACAUAUUUUUGGGCAUGUAAUCCAAGUGGACUCGCAGGCACUUCUGUUUUUUGGUUUUGGGUGACCGUGUUCCAUGUCCAUUUCCUUGGCACAUGCCAAGUGUCCGGCUGCUGGUGUCGCAUUACGCAGCCAUUGAGUACACCGAAGACAUUAAAGUUCUGACGUCAUAAAACGUCAUCCACACAAUGUGGAUGCAGCGGUCAGCUAACAGCAGAUUUCGUUCGUAUUUCGCUCACAGCUGGUCAGAGUUGCCAGCUCGUUAGGCAGCUCCACAGUGACAUCAAUCAGAAGGCAGAGUUGCCAGCCUGCUAGGCAUCGCCGCAUCAAGCAGCAGGCGCGAGCAACAGCUGGGCAGCCAAAUUGGAACGGAUCUCCGAUCUGGCAGGUAGUUGCCCCCACCCUCGCACUCACACAUCGCAUCACAUCACAUUCGCGUAACGGGCAACCGCUAGAGAGGAGGGAGUCCUUGCUUGCAUUUCACGCUCAGCAAACGGGAACAGCCAAAACGGGGCACAGCCAGCGGCACAGAUGGGCUGAUGCGAUUCGAAUCAGCGGCAACGGUUGCGGUUUAACGAGAUGCGUUGCCGCCUCCAACACAAGCACACACACACACACACACACAGCUAGACACUCACACUCACGCCUUCGCUGAUGUCUGCUCGCGAUAAACGAUAAACGCGCCUCGCUACGGCGAUUAGUUUCU